AUGCCGUAUAUGGGUUACCCAUACUAUGCGAACUUAUUUCAGGACGGCCAGAGAUAUGGAAUGGGCGCCUCUCAGAACAUUCAAGAUUUCCAGAUGGUGCAGGCAGUGAUGCCGUCUGGAGUAUGGGAUGUUCCUAUCUCCGUGAAGCCCCCUGAGCACUCCCAGCCUGCUUAUCAGCAACAAGGCUCUCUAACCCCUGUUCCCUGGCCCGUCAGCCCGGCUCCCGAAGAAAGCCCAAAACAUCAAAACACUCAUAAGGAGCAAACCGGGGCAGAAGUAACCAAACCACCCCCCAACAUCCCAGGAAUCCUUCUCUCUGAGCUCCUCGCCGGCAUUCCAGAUCCCGGAUCCAGCCCCAGGGUCGCCGAAACCCUUUCCUGGUUCACCACCGACGGCCGUGGCGAAGACCAUCUCCGUCAACAGAUCGACGCCAUCGCCAAGGAAGACCGCGAACGACGAGAGCGUGAACAGGUCGAGCAAGGAUUGUCUCCGACAACAAACACCAAGGCUGAGGCAAGCAAUUACAUCCUUGGUCACGUCCUUGCCAAUCUCCAGUUAUAUCUAGCUGGGGAUCGGACCGAACAGGCUGCAAACUUUGCCGAUUGGGCUCCUGUGCCAGAGCAGCUGCACAGUGAGACUUUCCAAAGCAGUUAG